GUUUAAUUAAAAAAUGCUUUUUUAAAGAUUUAUCACAAUUUGUGGUCAUUUAAUGAUCAGUGAUUUCAAGUGAAGACAUUUGAUUGGAGUGAUACCACCAAUUGAGUCGAUGGCAGAUAAUGUGUUGAUAUUGAGGGGAUCGAAAGGUCUGUCUUUAGUAAAUGGAGACAAUCCUUACAACGAGCUGAAGUCACUGAUCGCUUCCAACACUGUGCGGGCCAUCGAUGUGUCCACUGAUGGCAAAUAUCUGGCAUUUGCUGACAACAACUCAGUCAAAGUGGUGACACUUCCCGGAUGUGAUGCUGUGUUUGAGAAAAGCGGUGUUAACUUGAAUUUCAUAAAGUUGUCGCCGAAGGGAACCAUAUUAGCGACUUGGCAUCACUUGAGCACAUCCAGCGCUCCCAACAAUCUUAAUCUCUACAAUGUCUUCACGCAAACACAUCUCAUCGGAAUGGCGCAGAAGAAGCCCAGCCGUUGGUGUCCGCACUGGACGGACGACGAGUCGGUUUGUGUCCGACAUCUGAAUAUGGAAUUGAAUUUCUAUUCAGACAAUCACUUCGAGAGAUACGGCCACCGGAUGUGCUCACAAAAAGUGGCCAAUUAUUCAAUGGUGACCAACAGUGGGACGGGCUGUCACUACGUGGCCUGUUAUACGGUGGGAGUGAAAGGUCAGCCGAGUUUCGUACGGAUCUAUCAGUUCCCGCGCUUCGACGGCAUAGCCAUCGCCAACAAGAGCUUCUAUAAAGCAGAUAAUGUCGACUUCAAGUGGAAUGAAAAGGGCGACGCUCUGCUGUUGAUCUGUUCCACAGAAGUGGACCAAACGGGCAAAAGCUAUUACGGACAGCAGACACUCCACUACCUGGACAUCACGGGCCAGACAUUCAUAGUGAGCCUCAAAAAGGACGGACCCAUUCAUAACACUGCGUGGGUUCCCAAAAAUAGUUCCCUCUUUUGCGUCAUCUAUGGCAUUAUGCCGCCGAAGACCUCUUUAUUCAAUAACAAGUCGGAAGUGGUGUUUGAAUUCGGGGAAGACAUGCAGAAUAUAAUAUCGUUCAACAGAUUCGGUAAUUUGGUAGCGCUGGCAGGUUUUGGCAAUCUCAGGGGUGGCGUUAAGGUAUGGGAUGUCAAACAGAAAAAGCUUAUCUCACACUUCAAAGCGCCCGACACUACACACAUUGAGUGGUCUCCCGAUGGCAGACACAUCCUGACGGCCACAACAGCGCCCAGACUUCGUGUGGGAAAUGGGUUUCGUGUUUGGAAUUAUAAUGGGGUUCAGAAUCACGAGAUUAUAUUCGAUACAAAUACUGAAUUGAAUGAAAUCCUGUGGCGGCCGUCACUUGAAUUCAGUGAACCAGUCAUUGAAGUUCAAAAGGGAGUCACUAUUCCAAAGCCUCCCGAACCCAAGAAGUAUAUUCCCCCACAUUUGAGAAAGACAUCAACCAAUCCAUCAAAUAAGACCCCAAAUCCUAACCCUAAUCCCAAUCCCUUAUCGGAAAGCGAGAAAAAGGUGAAAAAUUUGGAGAAAAAGUUAAAACAAAUAAAUGAAUUGAAAGAAUUGAUGGCUUCCGGUAAAGCACUCGAGAAGAAUCAGAUGCAGAAAAUUAGUAAAGAACAGGAACUGCUCGAUGAACUCCAAGAAUUGCGGAUCAAUUCAUAAUUCAUAACUAUUGGUAAUUGUUUAGUG